AUGGAGACGAUAACAAUACCUUCUCCAUCGGCUUUUCUUUCCUCCCCGAUCCUCAAACCAGCACCGGAACCACCCCCACAGCCUAAAAAACGAAAGCAACCUACUACCAAGCCAGCGACUCAAUCUUUAACAAAAGAUAGUGGUAUCAACAAACCCAAACAAUCAAAAAGUCGAAAUGGUUGUAUAACUUGCAAAGCAAAACGUCUAAAAUGCGAUGAGACGAAACCCUCUUGUCAGCAAUGUCAUAAAAGAAGUGUUACGUGUGGAGGAUAUAAAAAGGAUUUUAAAUGGAGACCGUUCGAGGAGGCUACAUUUACAAAUAAGCCGGUACCACUACCCCCCAAAAAGAGAGAUUCGAUAGUCCGAGAUAAGUCACCGGAUAAGACCACGGCUACAAGUCCAGCAGCUUCCGAUGGAUCGGCUUCUACCCCAGGUGGAGAGGAUACGCAGAUGCAGGAUUCAUUCUUCAAUGCCGCAGUUCCUUCUCCAUCAACGUUUGAUGUUUCGACUUCGCUUCCGGAGCUCCAUUCGGGGUUUUCUCCUAUGUUUGAUAUGAGCACACCAACUUUUAGUCAAGAUGGCCUGCAACGACCUCGAAUUGAGGCAGAUUCGGUCACAAGCAGUCUAAGUAGUAUGUUCGAAGACACCGGUUUGGUCACACCAACAAGAUCAAGUUUCUCCGGUCAAUCACCGAGAUUAAUAAAUCUGUUGCAACCUGGGUCGGAGCUGAAUGCAAGGGCGCAAUCUAAUUCCAUGGACUCGUCUAUUUCUAUACCAUCGCCCAUCAUGGGUAUGACAAUGUCGAGCCCAAAUAUGGCUCAAUUUCGGAUGAGGAAUGUCGGAUCUCUUGAAGAUGAUAUUGAGGAAAUCAUUCGGGAUCCUCAACUAUCUGAUGCUGAAAUGUGGUUAGCCAUGAGUCCCUUUCGACCUCAAUCGAGGUCUCCAACUGCAUCUCCUAUAAACUUUAGUCCAAUGUAUCGACAGCCAGAUGUUCCAGCCGGUAGCCCAGAAAUGUUGAUGCUUCGGUUUGAUAAGCAGACAUGUGGUAUAUUGUCUGUUAAAGACGGUCCUACGGAGAAUCCAUGGAGGACAUUAGUUUGGCCCCUUGCACGAGAUUCCCCAGCAUUAUAUCAUGCUAUCGCAUCCAUGACCGCAUUCCACACCUCCAAAGAAAAGCCCGCUCUUCGCGUCGACGGCAUGGAGCACAUGCGUCGUAGUAUUCGGUCUCUCGCAACAGGAAUCGAAAAAAUGCGCACCGAUACUGCACUCGCCACAACACUCGUUCUUGCCUUCGCAGAGUCUUGGGACCAGCAUAUCUCAACAGGAAUCGAGCAUCUCAGGGGUGCAAAGAUUCUAGUUAACCAGGCACUCAUCAAGCACAAUAAGAGAAGUCUUGUGGGUGAUGAUCUGGCUAGAUUGAGGUUCCUUUGUAAUACUUGGGUUUAUAUGGAUGUUAUAGCGAGAUUAACGUCUAUCGAUGAUGACGAUUCCACGGAUUUUGAAAAUCUUCUUUCUCCGCUUAAUAACCUCUCUUCUUCUUCCUUUGCUUCCUCUUCCGCCAACAUCACUACGAUGUCGGAAAUUGAUCCUUUAAUGGGCAGCGCAGCAACCCUGUUUCCUCUCAUUGGUCGCGCUGCAAAUCUCUGUCGCAAAGUUCAGAAAUCAAAAUCAAACUCCAUAGCCAUAAUAUCUCAAGGCAUCGAACUCAAACAGGCAAUCGAACAAUGGCAACCUUCGACGGCAUUCUCAACCCCCGAAGAUCCCACUUCUGAAAUUCAGCACGCACUUCAAACAGCUGAAGCAUAUCGUUAUGCUACUCUUCUCCAUCUUCAUCAGGCCGUGCCAGAGAUCCCUUCUCUCACAAGUGCCGAGCUCUCGAAGAAAGUCCUAGUAUGUCUAGCCACAGUCCCUCUCAGCAGUCGUCUCGUCAUCGUCCAAAUCUAUCCUCUCCUAGCAGCAGGCUGUGAAGCAAAAGAUGAGGAAGACAGAGCGUGGGUGGAAGAAAGAUGGGCGAGUAUGGGAAGGAGAAUGUGGAUAGGAAAUAUCGAUCGCUGUUGGGAAGUCAUGCAAGAAGUAUGGAGAAGAAGAGAUGAAAUCGCAAAACAGAAAGAACAGGAAUUGACGAGGAAAAAUGAGGGGAGAAUUGGGAUGACGGGGAUGAGUGGGAUGCAUGCGGCGUCGAGGGAUAAUAUUAAUAUGAGAAGAUUUGAGGAGGAUAUGAGGAAUAGGAUGGGAAAUGAAGAGGCCUCGUACUCGGAUCUCUUGAAUAUGAAUAUGAACGAGAUGGGAGGGAUGGGACAGAGCGGCAUAGCUUCGCCCGUGCGAAAUAGACAGAGACAUAGUAUUUCGGGACCAUCGCAAGGAGGGUUUGGAGAACUCAAAGCUCAGAGACAGGCGGCGGGUCUUAUUACCGAGGAAAUGGAUCAGGAGUUGACGGUUAGAGGGAGGUUGCAUUGGGUAGGUGUUAUGAAAGAUUGGGAAUGGGAGAAAAUUCGUGUUCGUCCUACUUGGCUAAUCCACAGCCCUGCAACCAACUUCUCGUCCCACCAGCAUCCGAUCUUCGAAAUCCCUGCUGCCAUGCAUCAUUCGUUCGUCGCACAGCUCGCUCGUAUCUUUCCCGUCGGUGUUCCUCUUCCAGAGCGUUUUGGAGAAAUGCUUCGUAGGAAUUCGGAUCGGGAUGUUUAUGGCUAUACUGCUCUGAGUGGUCUUGUGGGUGUGGGUGUUGGGGUUGAGGCGCUCUUGAAUUAG